AUGUCUGAAUCCGUUAGUAAAGCCGUGGAAGCGGUCAAGGAAUCUGUCGAAAAGGCUACCGAACAGGUGAAAAACCUUACAACACAAGAAGCAGGCUCCGAGCCUGUAAUCUUGGGUGAAGAUGGUCAACCAUUGUCCAAGAAAGCAUUGAAGAAGCUGCAGAAAGAACAAGAGAAACAGAAGAAGAAGGAGGAAAAAGCCCGUCAGCUAGCGGAAGAAAAAGAGGCUCGUGAACGCGAAGCAGCUGCCAAUGACACCGCCAAGGACAACUACGGGAAAUUGCCCUUGGUUCAGUCUACCACCAAGUCCGGUGUUGCAAGAGUCAAGCUUGAAGAUCUUACCGAGGCUGACGACGGCAAAGAGGUGACCCUCAGAACCCGUGUGCACAAUUCCAGACAGCAAGGUUCCACUCUAGUGUUCUUGACUUUGAGACAGCAAGCUCAAUUGAUCCAAGCGUUGGCCAAAUCGAACGCAGAAGGUACUGUUUCGAAGCAAAUGGUCAAGUGGGCUGGCUCUGUGAACCCUGAGAGUAUCGUUCUUGUCAAGGGUAUCGUGAGAUCCGUGCAGGAACCUAUCAAGUCCGCCACAGUCCAGAAUUUGGAAAUCCACAUCACUCAAAUCCAUACAAUUUCUGAAACUCCACAACAAUUGCCCAUUUUGAUUGAGGACGCGUCUCGUUCUGACGCAGAGGCUGAAGCCGCCGGUUUGCCAGUCGUUAACUUGGACACCAGAUUGGACGCUCGUGUUAUCGAUCUAAGAACCGCUACCAACCAGGCCAUUUUCAAAAUUCAGUCUGGUGUCUGCGAAUUGUUCAGAGAGUUUUUGUCCAAGAGAAAGUUUGUGGAAAUUCACACACCAAAAUUGCUAGGUGCUCCUUCCGAGGGUGGUGCUAACGUUUUCGAGGUGACCUACUUUAAGGGUAAGUCCUACUUGGCUCAAAGUCCUCAAUUCUACAAGCAGGAGUUGAUUGCUGCCGAUUUCGAACGUGUUUUCGAAGUUGCGCCUGUUUUUAGAGCCGAAAACUCCAACACUCACCGCCACAUGACAGAGUUUGUCGGUUUGGAUUUGGAGAUGGCUUUCGAAGAGCACUAUGACGAAGUUAUUGAUGUGUUGAGCGACCUAUUUGUUUUCAUUUUCACUGAACUAAAGGUUCGUUACGCUAAGGAGAUAGCGUUGGUCCGCAAACAAUACCCUGUGGAGGAAUUCAAGCUUCCUAAAGAUGGCAAGAUGGUUCGUAUCGCGUACAAGGACGGUAUUGCUAUGCUGAAAGCUGCAGGCAAAGAAAUCGGCGAGUUGGAUGACUUGUCUACUGAAAACGAAAAGUUUUUGGGUGCUCUAGUGAGAGAGAAAUAUGACACUGAUUUCUACAUCUUGGACAAAUUCCCACUGGAAAUCCGUCCCUUCUACACCAUGCCAGAUGCUACUGACUCUCGCUACUCGAACUCUUACGAUUUCUUCAUGAGAGGUGAGGAAAUUUUGUCUGGUGCUCAACGUAUCCACGACGCCGAUUUUUUGAAACAGAGAAUGUCCCACCAUGGUCUAUCGACAGAAGACCCUGGUUUGAAAGACUACGUCGACUCUUUCACCUACGGCUGUGCUCCUCAUGCAGGCGGUGGCAUUGGCUUGGAAAGAGUGGUGAUGUUUUUCUUGGACUUGAAGAACAUCAGAAGAGCCUCGCUAUUCCCAAGAGACCCCAAGAGAUUGAGACCAUAG